CCGGGAAUGGUAGCCGUUGGCCGACGGGGUGGAGCGCGGAGGGCCGAGCGUGGGCGGGUGGGCGGCCGUAGUGGAUCGUUGGGUCGCUUGCAAGAUGCGGAGUGGGACGUCGACGUGCGCAGGACGACAGACGGAGUUGCUUCGGGCAGCGCGGGCGGCAACGGUCGAUUUUCAAAAGGAAGGAAGGCAUGUUUCUCGUCUUCUGUGUUGGUUGUCGGCAUAUGAAGGUCGAGCGCCCCUGUCCCAAGCAUGUCGGAACACACAUCUGCAGUGGUCACGUGCGAGGGCCGCUGCAGAGGUGAAUUUCAUGGCUGACGUGCAGAGGAGAUGUCCUCUGCUGGUACUCGCCGUCGUCGUCUUCCUGAUUGUCGUCUUCCUCCACGUGUGUUUGUCGUGGCGGUCGUGGAAACAACAACUCAAGAGGAGGGCUUCGACGAGRCGGGCGGCAGGGGAACGUCUAAUGGCGGGCAUGCAGGCACGAGCGGCAACUGCUGCAGGUCAGGGAGGAGUUCGAACUUCGGCGGCGGAGCCUCCAAGGCGGUACGACCCGUCCAUGUACACCCAUCUGGAGUCAUGGGAGACGCCAUUGCCCCCGUCGGACGAGGAGCCGGAGAAGGAAGAACUUUCAACGUUGCCUCUCGCCAGCGGCUCAACUCAGUUGUGGUCGCAGACGGUGCGAGCAGGCGGGUCGGCUGCCGACGAAGGGGGUGAGUUCACGUCACUACUGCAUCAAGGCUUGCGGGACGACGACGGCGGAGGAGUUGAUCUGAGGUUCGGGUUGUGUUCUGGCGGCGGCAGGGAGGCGAGCCGUACAUUCAUCAUCGACGGAGAUCGUCCGGCACGUGGCCUUGAACAUGGUGGAAGUCUGCAUACGGAGCAGUCCACACUUCAUCGCGCUGCACCCGUGACUGGCGCAGUCGGGCCAUCGCCAGCGGGAUGGCAGCAUGGAUCGACUGCUCCGUCCGUCGAGCGAUUGACACCGACCUGGCCUGCACGCACUGGGGUCGCGGCAGGGUCCCUGCGCAUGGGCGGUGCACGUUCGUCGAUGCCUGCGUGCACAACGCCGAUCGAAUCCGAAGCGAGGGACGAGGGAACGUGCAGAGCGUCGGUACGUCCACGACCCACUGUGGAGAACAUAAUACGUGGAGUGUCCAACAUGCGGGCGCACAGCGAUGCCCGCCAAGACGAUGGUGGAUUCGGUGACGAUGCAGACGAAGGGAUGAGGGAGGACGUGGAAGCGGGGGACGACGACGACGAUGUUCCUAUUCGGCCUUUGGGGAAGACGGGUAGGAGGGGGAAAGGAUGCGGCAGAGGUGGUGUCCGUGGUCGAUCCGUUGCCCGUGGAAGCAAAGGUGGCGUGAGCGACGACGUCGGGAAGUCUCCGACGUACUGGUCUGCAGAAGAUCAAAUGCUCCUGGUGCGAUGCAAGCGGGAGCAAGAUAUGCACCUCGCCGGCUUGUAUCACAAUUACGGGCGGAUGAAGACGAAAGAGUGGAAGUGGGACGACGUGUCAAAGCGGAUGGCGAAUGCGGGGAGGCCGAAGGACGCUGACGACUGCAUGAAGAAGUGGGACAAUCUGUUCCUGAACUACAAGAAAAUUCAGAGGUUUCAGAAUGCCAGCGGCCAGGCAGAUUUUUUCAGGCUGACGAACGAAGAGAGGAAGGAGCACAACUUCAAGCUCCGGAUGGACAGGGCGCUGUACAACGAGAUCCACGCAGGCAUAGUGGGGAACCACACGAUUUUCCCUCCCAACGUUGCUGACACCGGCAGUCCGAAGAGGGUGCAGCUGCCCAGGCGAGGAGCGGGUGGCGGGGAGUCUGUUUGUAGUGAGGCGGCAGGUGAAGGAUGCCCUGAAGAAUGUUCUUCUGCGAGGGAGUCCGACAACAAUGCAGGCAGCGGGGCGGGAGGCGGGAAGCGGAAGAACGCGCGUCAGCAGGCAUUGGAGUCCCCUGGCUCCCCAACGAGUCACCAUUCCUCAAAAUCCUGGCUUCCAAGACCGCAGCCAACUUUGGUCGUGUUUGUGAAAGUAAGGUGCUUUCAGGAGAUGAAGGAAAAGUGCAGCUUUCGACCGAAAUCCUGCGCCACACUGCAGGAUGCGGCACCUGCAUAAAGCAAGAGAACAUAGACAACAGCUGAACCAGUGAAUCCCAGAAAA